ACGCCGCGUCCACGCAUCGGGAAGGUGAUGUGUGAAGCCGGUGCCGAAACAUGAUGACUUACCAGGUCAACGCGUCGGCGCCCACCGCCACGGCUCUGCUGUCCGCGGCCGGCUCGGGUUGCAGCCAGCGCGGCCCUGAAGCCGCCGCGUUCCCCGCUCACAGCCGGACGCUCGGGAUGGGGGCCGGCGGAGGACGGCCGCCCCUCAGGCUCAAACAGAUGCGGAAAUUGCCCGUCAUACAGCCUCUGAGCAAGUCCAGGGACGGCAGAGCCCUGCAGAGCCGCUUCACAGCUGGAGGGACAGAUGAUUUCACCAAAGAUGACAAACUGGAAUCAGAGAACAGCGAUCCACAGGCAGACAUGAGUGGGAGGCACUUUCUGUUUGAUAAGACAAGCGCGAGGCUGGAGAGGACCAGAACUGUGAUCCCUCCUCUGCCCAGACUCUACCACACUCACAGAGCUGCUGCCCUGCAUCCCUUGGGCCUCUCCAAGGAGCUUUCCCACAGCCACGCCGGGCGGCCCUUCACCCUCGGCUAUCCUGAAAGGUAUGAGCUGAACACACGCCCAGCCAUCCUCUUCCCCUCCGCUCUAGUCCUCAAUGGCAGGAGCUCCUUCUCAGUUGAAAGCUGCAAGCUCAGCAGGCCGAAGGUGAAUUAUCCCACCUUCAACUUGCUGACUGUUAAAGACAAUCAGAAAAGCCAGUCUUACCCGGACCCGAUGGUCGGCGCGUCUCGCUCCUUUAUCCACAGGAUAUCUGAGCUCUCCUCUCUGGAGGGCGAGACGGUCAGACAAGAAAAGCUCAAGAAAAUGAGGAAACCUAGAAAGCCUCCAUCCUGACAAUCAACUCCUUCCCAGUCACGCUGGUCCAGGAUAAAAACCUCUGACUCUGUGCCAACGAUGGAAGAGAAUCAAACGGUUUGGGUGCCGUGCUCAUUCCGGCGGCUCCUCCUGACUGCCUGUGUGUCCUCUGUGGUUUUAGUUUGCAGCUUAACGUGGCUGAUCUCCACAUUUUGGGAUUCCUGACCUGAGCUCCUCACCUUUAGUGAUCUUUCGGUGUAUUAUUGACCAACCUGUAACCCGUAGACCGCAGCGUGUGCAACAGCUAUGCACGCUGGUUAUGAAUAUUCAGUCAAAGUUUUUAGCCUGACUCAGUAGUUUUCCACUGCAUGAGGAGAUACUUGUCUUUCUAAUAUGCUUGAAAUGGCUGUUGUGUAAUACUGCCAUAAUUCUCUCUGUAUCAUUAGUAUGUUGCAGAUGCUAUCCAGCUUGAAUCUCAUAGCAACAACAGUGUUUCAGGUGUUUCCAACACA